AUGCGCAUGAUUACCUCGUGCCUGGAGUGCCGCCGCCGUAAGCUUAAAUGCAACAAGUCGAACCCGUGUACGAACUGCUCCAAGUUCGCGCGCGAAUGCCUGUACCUAGGUCCCAAGCUCGACGAGGCCAGCCAGCUGCGCCUGACGGAGAUCAAAGAAAAGGUCGGAUCGCUGGAGCGGCAGCUGGAGAGGGAUGUGGCCAAGUCUGGGACGAGCAGCAGCCGGGGAUUCUAUCAGCAGCGCAUCCUGGCAGAUGAUGUCGAGGGCGAGUUUGACGAGGAGAGGGACCUGGAGAUCACGCCCAUGAUCGCCCUGGACCUGACGUAUGAGGAGGACGCGGAUGGUACGGACGACGUUCUGGACUUGGGCGUCCAGGUGGGCAAGAUGAGGUUGACGGAGAAGAUUGGUGGCCUAAACCGGCCGAGGAUAUCAGAAGAGUCAUUACCAGACUUCCUCCGGCCGAGCGCCUCUUACAUUCCGCCUACAAGCGGAGUCUUCUUCGGACAGAUCGGCGAAUUACCCUCUCUGCUCAAUCUUCUCCCCUACCGACAAGCCGGCGAUCGUCUCCUCAAGCAUUACUUUGACGCCGUCCAUCCGAUAGCACGUUGUGUCCACCGGCCCUCACUCGAGCUGCAAUAUGAGGCCUUUUGGGACGAGGUUGAUGCAAACUACGAGCCUCGUGCGUCGGUUCAGGCUGUGUUGUUUGCCGCGUGGUUCAGUGCUGCUGUGGCCAUGGACGAGGGAACCGUGAACCGGGAGUUUGGGUCGACCAAGGCGAGCCUGGUGGAGAGGAUGAAGAUGAGCACAGAAGUUGCGCUGAGUAAGGCGAAUUUUCUGAGGACCACAAGGAUCGAGACAAUGCAGGCUUUUAUCAUGUACAUGAUCCCCUUGUGUCGUGAGGAGGUCUCUCGAGCCCAUUCCGUACUGGUCGGUGCCGCAGUUCGCAUGGCAGAGUGCAUGGGCCUGCACCGCGAUGGCUACAAGGCGUACAACCUCAACCCUGUGGAGACGUAUGUCCGCCGCCUGAUCUGGCAUCAGCUGUGCUUCCUAGACAUACGCACCUGCGAGGCACAGGGGCCCAAGCCCGCCAUCCGCCGAGACGACUACGACACGUGGCUGCCCGACAACUGCGAGGAGGACCAACUCACCCACGCAACCUAUCCGCCACAGCCGUCGGCGGGAUUUACCUCGACCCUCUUUCCCCUCAUCCGCUUCGAAGUCAACGAGAUGAUGCGCAUUAUCUGGGCAGACCGGCGCAAGCUCGAGUCGCGCAAGAUCACCCUGACGCAGGUCCUCACUAAGAUCGAAACUUUCCGCAAGCGCAUGCUGCACAACUACGACCGCAUGCUUGACGAGCGCAUCGCCAUCCAGCGCUACGCCAAGCUCGUCAUGAAUCUCCUCCUGUACAGGCUGCACGUCAUGAUCCUCCACCCCUUCUACGCCAACACCGCCAACCCCAUGCCCCAGCGCCUGCGGUCCGUGCUGAUCAUGAGCGGCAUCGUGAUCAUCGAGCUGGCCAUACAGCUGGACACGGACCCGGCCUUCCGCCUCUGGAAGUGGUACAGCGGCGCAUACCAGCAGUACCAGGCGGCGCUCAUCCUGGCCACCGACAUGUUCUACCACCCAGACCACAAGGAGGCCACGCGCAUCUGGACCUGUCUCGAUUAUGUGUUUGGGCUGGAGCGGAACAUGCCCACCGAGGAGAAGAGCAAACGAAUCUUGACCGAGAUCAUGGGAAAGAUGGGCAUGUACAUGGGCAUGCGCAAGAUGAGAGCGCCGACCCAGACAGCGAGCGCUAGCCCAGCCAAGCACGCUUCCAACUACCACUACCACGAGGAUGUCAUCAAUGCACUCUUCUCAGUGGAUCCGCAGACCGGAGAGUUCGCCGGCUUUGGGGUCCCGAUGACUGGGCUGAGCUAUACUGAGAGCUGGGCGCAGCAGCAGUAG